CCGUGUCACCCGACCCCCAACAGGAAGAAGAAGAAGAAGAAGAGGAACAGGAAGUGGUGGAAGAGGACGCCGAGGACCCCACCUGGACUCCACCUGACGGAGACGCUGCCUCUCGCCCGGCGGCCUCCGCUCUGUCGGACUCCGCCUCCCAGCAUGCACCUGUUGGCCCGGACUGCUCCUCCCAGCAUGCACCUGUGCGUGCGGUGAAGCAGGAGCUGGAGAGCAUCAUGUGCGACGUGUGCGGCAAAGUGAUGAAGAACCGGUCGAGCCUGGCGCGCCACGCCUUCAUCCACACGGGCAGGAAGCCCUACGCCUGCCAGCUGUGCGAGCUGCGCUUCAAUCGCCGUGACAACCUGCAGCAUCACAUGGCCCGGCUUCACCCCGGCGGCGUGGCGCGGCGCCAGAAGCAGCGCCCCCCCCAGGCGUGGCUGUGCGCCGCGUGCGGGAAGACGUUCAGCUGCCGCUCGCGGCUGAAGACGCACGAGGUCAUCCACUCGGGGGUGAAGCCGCACGCCUGCGACCGCUGCCCCAAGGCCUACAUGCGCACCAACGACCUGGAGCACCACAAGAAGAUCGCCCACGGCAACGGCAACGGCGCUGCACCGCCGGCGCCGCGCUCGCUGCUCUGCCACCUCUGCGGCAGAGAGUUCAAAUGCGUCUCGCAGCUCGCGGCGCAUCUGCAGGCGCACACGGGCGAGCGGCCGCACCUCUGCGACGUCUGCGGCCGCAAGUUCGCCCGCCAGUACCAGCUGAAACGCCACAAGGUCCUCGUGCACGCCGGCGGCAAGGAGGGCACGCCGCGCAACGUGCCAUGUGACGCGGCGUUCGGCUGCGGCGUCUGCGGGAAGCGGCUGAAGACGGCGGCGCUGCUCGCCCGGCACGCGCGCUGCCACUCGGCGGAGAAGCCGCACCGCUGCGGCGUGUGUCUGCGCAGCUUCCUGUCGGCCGCGUGCCUGGCGCAGCACAACAUGCGCGUGCACCAGCGGGCAAACGCCGGGGACGCGCCGCACGCCGCCCGGCGCAGGAGGAACGCCGCCCCGCCCGGCGCCGCCAAGGAGUUCCCGUGCCCGGUGUGCGGCCGCGUGUUCAGGUUCCGCUCGCUGCUGGCGAGCCACGCGUUGACCCACAGCGAGCUGCGGCCGUUCGGCUGCGACUUCUGCAGCCGCAGCUUCCGGCGCCUCAGCCACCUGAAGCGGCACCGCGAGGUGGUGCACGCCGACGGGCAGCGCCCGCCGCAGAGCUUCGUCUGCCACGUCUGCGGCAAAGACAAGAAGUGCCGCUCGCAGCUCGCCAGGCACGUGAUCAUCCACACGGGGGAGCGGCCGUACGGCUGCGACCGCUGCGCCGCGCGCUUCAAUCGCCGCGGAAACCUGCAGCAGCACAGGAAGCGCAUGCACGGCGUGGAGGAGGCGCCCGCCGCCGCGGAGGCCCCGCCCAUCCUGUUCGAUGAUGAGGCUUUGACUUACAAACAGGAGGAGACGGUGGUGGCGGUGGACGCCGGCGCUGAGGACCGCGAGGACGCCGCGGGCAACGAGACCGAACACGACGGCUGAACUGAGCGCGCUCAGGCGGCCGCGUCUGGACUCCGGGAAUUAAAAGGGUUUUAUGAGACAACAGACACUUGAGACGGACGCACGCC